GCGAGUCUCUUUCCUUGGAUAGAAAAGCACAAGCUUUCCUUGAUUUAUCGGUGAAAUCCAUGGCAACUAGAGAUAGACAACAAAAGUAGUCGGACUACAAGUAACAACAAUGGAGAUGGACGGUAAGAUAGUGGAAAACUAAACGUUAGCUAGGUACUGUUGCGAACCCAGCAAUCAACGGUCAGCUCGAACAGUUAUUUGUUCAAGUUAAAAAGUUGAAGUUGAACUUUGUUCUUUCAAAUCAACAACGCCAGAUAUGACAGCUUUUCGUUUCACAGUCCAAAGUGCGAAAAAGUAGUGGUUUCUGAAGUUAACAAGUUACUGUACAAGUAACGUUAGACUUAUUUCUUUCAGCAUGCCUUUAUCGAGAAAACAAAGUGGGUGUCUUGUGUGAAACUCCCGAGAGGUAGACAGGGUGACUCAUUUAGUAUCAGACGUUACCAGUGACGGGUUUGGUAAUGGGAGAGGUGUGUGUGCGGGUUGCGGUUCGGGUCAGACCGUUGUUUCCCAAAAAGGUGCUCCACAACCACCAGCUGUGUGUGGUGCCCGACACCGUCCAGGUGAUGCUGGGUAGCGAUCCCACGCCUUUGGACCGACGGCACGGUCAGGUUUACAAGUCCUGUGUCAAACCUCUGGUGGCAUCUCUAGUUUACGGCUCCAAUGCUACAGUGUUCGCCUAUGAACAAACCGGGUCUGGAAAGACAUGCACCCUUGGUGGGGGACAUGUAGCAUCUCUGCCGGAGGAGGAGAGUGGGAUCAUUGGUCGGGUUGCAGCAGAUCUGUUUGUGCUCUUGGGGGAGAGGAGGGCUGCGGAUGCCAGGGCUGCGGUAGACGUUAGGGUGUCCUACAUGGAACUGUACCAGGAGGAGCUCAGGGACCUGCUGGAGGUCCAGACUGGCAACAAGGAGCUGCAUGUCAGAGAGGAUGACAGGGGUAACACUGUUGUGGCAAGAGAAACUGUGAAUACCUCCGCUGAGGAGUUGCUGAGCGUCCUGGAGGCUGGCAAUGCCCUGAAGCACACUGGCCCCUCUCAGAUGAACGGGCGCUCCAGCCGCUCUCAUGCUAUCGUUACCCUACAGCUGACGAAGGAUGACCACGACAAUGGCUCCCUCCGCUCCUCUAAACUCCACCUGGUGAAUCUGUCUGGGUCAGAGCGGGCUGCACGCACCAGGAACACAGGCCUGCUGGUAUUGGGCAACGUCAUCCUCGCACUCUCCAACCCGCACUUUCCAAUCGCCGCCACAACCAUGUGCCGUACCCCGCGCAUCGUCCGGGACUCACUGGGCGGCUCUGCCCACACACUGAUAGUGGCCUGCGUCAGCCCUUCCCACCACAGUUUCGCAGAGACGCUGAGUGUGCUUCAGUUUGCCUCAUGGCCAUGCUACGUGAAGAACCAGCCUGGGUUGUGUCCUGCCAGGGCGUGUUUCGGCUGGCAGCCUGGAGAGGCUCGUGUGGGGGAGCUGGAGCAGGAGGUCCAGACUCUGAGAGAGGCACUGAGAGAGAAGGAUAAGACAAGGAGAGGGAUUGCUUUGAGUGACAGCACCAAACAGGCCACUCAGGAGGAGCGGGAUGAGAGGGGGGCGGCUCUAGUGGAGGAGUCCCAGUACCGCUGCCUUGCACAGGACGCUGCCUUCCUAUUGGAGAAGCUCCAGAACUCCACCCGGAGUCCUGCUCUGCAGCAGCGUUUGCAGGAAUGGCUGGAGAGACACAGGGAGCUUAGCCACUCCGGCCACACUGGCUAUCAACAACCUGUGGGGGGUGCAGGGGAUGAGUCUCAACAGAUCACCAUCCUCCAGCUCAGACGUGAGCUCAAGAACUGCCAGGAUACUCUGGCUAUAGACAAGCAGGUGUUUGACCUGAGGGAAUCUGAGCUGGAGCAGGUGUAGAGGCAGGUGCAGACACUGCUACAGGAGAAACAGACACACCUCCAGUCCUUACAGGAGGAGAGGGAGCACAGACAAAUUAAGACGGAGCAGCUGGUGGAACAGCAGCUGUUGAUAGAUCGUCUCUGUGGUGACCUCCUGACCUUCAGGAUGGGAUCCUUUAGACCCUCGCUGGACACUGGGGCUUCUGGAAAGUCAGCGAGGAGACCUCAGUGUUCCCAUGAUCAGCUAAGGCCAUGGUUGUACGAGGAAGGUGUGUGUGUGUGUGUGUGUGUGUGUGUGUGUGUGUGUGUGUGUGUGUGUGUGUGUGUGUGUGUGUGUGUGUGUGUGUGUGUGUGUGUGUGUGUGUGUGUGUGUGUGUGUGUGUGUGUGUGUGUGUGUGUGUGUGUGUUUGUUUGUGUGGGGCUGUGGCAGUCACAAAAUGAUUGUCAGCUGGUGAUUGUCAAGCAAAUAACUGUCAGUCUCCGGUAAUUGCCCGUUAAUUAACAUAAACACAUUUAGCAUCUCCUGGCUUCCACACAUAGCCUACAAGCCAUUUUAAAAAGUCUAAUACAUCCAUGUAAUAUAGCCUACACCUUCACAAUAAAUGUAUUGUUUAUUUUAGACAGGUCUAAAGAAGCAUGAUAUGAAGAAACUGUAGUGUAUUUCAGAAGAAAAUAAUAGUACAGUAUACUCUGAGUUGUUCUGAUGUGGCUAUGCCAAAUGGCUGUGGGCUACACUUGUUCAUUUAGCAGACAAGAUUUGUUUAGAAUUCCGUGGCAUUAUUUUAUAUUGUUUUAUAGUAUGAAGAAUACAAUUGAGCAAAGCUCAAUAAAAUCUAAAUAUUUUCUCCAAAGGAUUUGAGGGAGUGCGCACAUUCGGCUAUUCUGUGUGAAGCGGUUAACAAAGGAAUAGGUCUUCCUAUAUGCUUAAUUUAGAGUUAUUAAUGUAACUUUAGUUGUUCUACAAACGAUAUGUUUUGAUUUUUAAUACAUUGUAAGGCUGCAUGAUGCGACUCUAAUGAGGAUUUGAAGAAAUUGACCAUAUUUACUUUUCAUCAGCCAACAAGAUGAGAAGCCCAAACGAACAGCAAUAACACUAGCCUAUGUCAGUCUACUAUCCCCCAUAGUACAAAAGUCGACCCAUUCUAUUCUGUGCGAGAAAUAAAUAUUCCAAACAGUCUGGGACAGUUGUGGGAUCCGAUAGAUCCCAAACUAAUACAACCGCUAGUAUAAAAAAAAUAUUUUUUAUGCAAUGUGGCUGACGCAACAGAUCAGAACGUUUAGCUUAAAAUGUUGAUAAACUAUAAGGCUAUUUCUUCACAUUAUAAGCGCAGCAAUGUGCACAUGGUAGUAGGCUAUAAGCAUGACUGUUCCAUUAGUGGAACACACCAUUAUCAAAAGUGACCGCAAAUGCAAUUAUGCAUGUAAUGCUUUUAUUAUGAAGGUGCAUUUUUAUGGUGAAAAUGAUGUUCCCCAAACUUGAACCUCACACGCUGCUUAUAUAUGCCAGUUAGGAUCUACACCCCGUGUAAAGCGGAUUGAUGUGCUUAAUUUUAAGAAGUUAUUUGGCCACUUUAGUUGUGAUACAAACCUCAAACAUAUAAUAGGCCUAUCGGCUAGGCUGCAUGAGGGUUGCGACUAUGAUUUGAAAAAGUUGUUUCUUACGCUGGCCAUCAUUCACAAGUGAUAAUGUAUCAUUCACAAGUGAUUGGUUAAUAUUGUCACCCAUCAGACUAUUCUAGAUUUAAUCUUGUCUUU